UGUUUCCUCUCAAGUUAUUGUGUGACCUACUGAUUCGAGAGUCAGUCGUGUUAAUAAAAAUAAAAUACCUUUCGCAUUUUUACUUCAUAUUUAUUAAUUUGUAUAUCCGACGAUGUGGAAACUUAUAUGUAUGUGUUUUUGGACCUAUGUUAUACUGACGGAAGGGGUAACCGAUAAGCCUUCUGUGCACUGGUGGUGCGAUGAAAUAGAGUGUUAUUACAGUGAUACAAUAAUACCCUUCGAAGAAAAAUGUGAUAGCAACAAAUCCAUCCCUUAUCUUUUUAACAGUACCACUGGAACUUGCGAAUUGAACUUAAUUGGAUUGUUACUGUCAUUUAGAGUUUUAAAUAAUAGAUUAGGAGGCGUUGUUGCAGAGAAAAGCCGCAAGAGCAAUGAGAUUAUUUUUCAACGAGUGAUUAAUGCGGGCAAAAUUUUUGCGGGAUUUGCAAGCGUGUGUUUAUUUUUAGGAUGCUUUUAUUGUUAUUGGGUGCAAUAUUCGAAUCAUCAAUUGAGGAGAAGCUUAAAAGUAAUAGAAAAAAAGAUAGAAGUACAAGAAACAAACAAGCAAAAAGUUAAAAGGAAAGAAAAUAAAGAAAGUGAAAAAACAGACAGAUGUAAAACCGUGCCCGAAGAAGUCAAAGUCUCCGUUGUUUAAUCCAGUUGUCUUAAUAUCGAG